CUCCCUCCCUCUCUUUCUAAAAAAUAAAAACAUAUUUUAAAUAAAUAAAUAAAUAAAAUCAUUAUUCCAGUUUUAUAGAGAACAAGUUGACAGAAACAAGUUCAGUAACUUGUCCAAGAUCUCACAGCUAAUAAAUGAUAAAGAACAGGAUUCGACGCUAACAUCGUUUUGUUUUUCUUACCCCCUCUUUAUAUAGAGGCCCCAUUCUCAACCCAUUGUCUCCUGCCUCUCCUCCCUAGGAGAAUGCUAAGGGAUUUCCCUGAGUUGAAAGAAGCAGUACAGCAAUCUCUGUCCCUGGAAAAGUUUUCUUGUCGCCAGAUCUCCUGGGGAGGCGCCACGCCAGCUUGGGCCUUGGUGUAGGUUAAUGGCCUUUGCCUUCCCUCUUCCCGGGCAGACUUAGGAUGGGCCCCAGGCCCUGUUCUGACCUGGCCUCUCUUCUGCCAGCUCGGGCGGAAAUGCUGACGGAGAUGAUGCAGUACAAGCCUGGAAGGGGGGAAGCUGGGAGGGUAAAAUUAGUAACUCUAUGGCUAAGGCCCUUGGACCCUGCUGCCAGGGUCAGACACUCCUUGAAAUGCUGGCUCCCGCCCCAGCUUCCUCUCCAAGUCACCUGGUAGAUGGCUGGAAGAGAAAGCGGAGGGAAACCCUGCCUUCAGCCACAUCUCAGCUUUCCCCGGUGACAAUUCAGCAGCAAAUAGGUUCUCACACUAGCAAGUUGAUCAGGGGAUGGGCAUGCAGGCACACAUUAGUACACAAAGGUCCUUCAUUUUUCUCAGGUACCAAAAAUGUGAGCCAGGGAGAAAGAUGGGUGGGCAAGGGUUUGCGUUCUGGCUCAGGCAUCUAUUUUACCCUUUCCCUGUGGACCUAAGCUUCCUACGCACCAGGUCAGGUUAAGAUCCAAGAGUCCUAAAUUCCCAGUAAUGGUACCACUGAGGGUUUUUUCUUUUGUUUUGUUUUGUGUUUCUUUUCUGAUUGUGUGGGGGCAACAUUGCUUUCUGGGGAAGAGAGGGUGCAGGAGUUGAGACAGAGAGAUAGAAGGAAUGGUUGAGUUUUUCUUUUUUUUCAGCAAAUAUUUUUUAAUAUUCCGGUUGAAUGUGUCUUAUGUCUCCUUUAAGAAAAGAUCCUGUCCCUCGCCUGUAGCCCAGUUGGUUAGAGCGUUCUCAGGAUGCGCCAAGGGUCUGGGUUCCAUCCCUGCUCAGGACACAGACAAGAAUGAACCAAUGAAUGCAUAAAUAAGUGGAGCAGCAAAUCUCAAUCUCUCUCUCUCCCUUCCUCUCUCUCAAAUCAAUAAAUAAAAGUUAAAAAAAAAAAAGAAAAAAGAAAAGAUCCUACUAAGGCCACCUGGGAAAAGAGACAAAAGGAGGGGAAAGGGAGGGAGCUCCUGUCGAAGCCAUGCUACCCCCUGGCCACCCCCUGGCCACCACUGUCCUUGGAGGGGGUUCCUUGGAUUCGCCUUCUCCCACUAAGGUAGAUUUUCCCACCCUGCUUACAGCUUCAGAUGUCUGAGGGUCCUCAUCUGCCGUGACCUGGGUGCUAGGUGUCAGAGGCAAGAAAGCACAGAAAUACAGGUUGAGCCUUAGAGGGCUUUUGGUGGUUAUGGGGGCAAGGGCCAGGACUAGGACUGGUGUGGAGUGGCAUCCCUGCCGUGGCUGAAGAUGCACUGCCUCCCCCGGGAAGCUCCUGAGCGGCCCCUACUUUUCCUUCAGCAUAAGCAUGCUGGGAGUGGUGCUGACUGGUGCUGCCCCUCCCUGAGAGCCCUGCCACGGAGCCCACUCCUUCCCUUUCCUGCCUGGUCUCCCCACCUCACCUGCUUUCUGCUGUGUCCCCAGGAGCUCUAGAGACCCGGGACCAUGGACACUCUCAAUAGGAACCAGGUAGGCCCCGGAUGCAAGACCCAAGCAAUGGUGCAGAAAGGACCCUUGGACCUGAUUGAGACAGGCAAAGGCCUGAAAGUGCAGACAGACAAGCCCCACCUAGUGAGCCUGGGAAGUGGGCGACUCAGCACAGCGAUCACCCUUCUGCCGCUGGAGGAAGGGAGAACAGUGAUUGGCUCUGAGGCCAAGGACAUCACACUGCAGGGUCCAGGCCUGGCUCCAGAGCACUGCUACAUCGAGAACCUGCGGGGAACCCUCACUCUCUACCCUUGUGGUAAUGCCUGUGCUAUUGAUGGGCUUCCUGUCCGGCAGCCCACCCGGCUCACUCAGGGCUGCAUGUUGUGCCUGGGUCAGUCCACCUUCCUCCGCUUUAAUCACCCAGCUGAAGCCAAGUGGAUGAAAAGCAUGAUUCCGGCUGGGAGCCGGGCCCCUGGGCCCCCCUACAGUCCUGGCCCAGAAUCAGAGAGCCUGGUGAAUGGAAACCACACCCCACAGCCUGCAACCCAGGGAGCCUCAGCCUAUGCCAGCCACAGCUCCCUGGUGAGCUCAAUUGAGAAGGACCUGCAGGAAAUCAUGGAUUCAUUGGUGCUAGAGGAACCUGGUGCUGCUGGCAAGAAGCCUGCUGCAACUUCCCCACUGUCGCCGAUGGCUAACGGUGGUCGUUACCUGUUGUCCCCCCCAACCAGCCCCGGUGCCAUGUCUAUGGGCUCCAGCUAUGAGAACACCUCUCCAGCCUUCUCUCCACUCUCCUCACCAGCCAGCAGUGGGAGCUGUGCCAGCCACUCACCCAGUGGGCAGGAGCCAGCCCCUUCUGUACCUCCGAUGGUGCCUGCUCGCUCCUCCAGUUACCAUCUGGCCCUGCAACCUCCGCAGUCCUGGCCUAGUGGCGCCCGCUCCUCCGAGAGCCCCCGGCUGGGCAGGAAGGCGGGUCAUGAGAGGCCUCCCAGCCCUGGCCUCCGGGGUCUGCUGACAGACAGCCCUGCAGCUACUGUCUUGGCGGAGGCCCGAAGAACCUCUGAGAGCCCCUGGGUGGGUGGGCAGCUGCCUGUGGUGGCUGUCAGCCUGAGAGAAUACCCAGCUUCCAGUGCCCACUGCCAACCUACCAGCAUUCCUGGCAGCCCCAAGUUCCAGCCUCCAGUCCCUGCUCCCCGAAACAAGAUUGGCACACUUCAGGACCGCCCUCCCAGCCCUCUCCGUGAACUGCCAGGCACUGAGCGGGUGUUGACAACCAGCCCCUCACGCCAGUUGGUGGGCCGAACAUUUUCAGAUGGGUCAGCCACCCGCACCCUGCAGCCUUCUGAGAGUCCGCGCCCGAGCCGGCGGGGCCUGGACAGUAUGCGAGAACUCCCUCCCUUGAGCCCGUCUCUGUCCAGACGGGCUCUCUCCCCCAUGCCCUCCCGGGCCACCCCAGAUCCCAGACUAACCAGAGACAUGGCAGAGAGUCCCCGGCCCCGGCGCUGGGCAGCCCAUGGGCCCUCACCAGAGGACUUCUCACUGACACUGGGGGCACGGGGCCGCAGGACACGGAGCCCCUCUCCCACACUAGGGGAGUCCCUAGCACCCCGCAAGGGCAGCUUCAGUGGCAGGCUGAGCCCAGCCUACAGUCUGGGCUCUUUGACUGGGGCUUUGCCCCGACAGAGCCCCCGUGCCCAGAGGAAGCUCUCCAGUGGAGACUUACAGGUGCCUGUCACUCGAGAGCGGAAAAAUAGCAUCACAGAGAUCAGUGACAAUGAGGAUGACCUCCUGGAGUACCACCGGCGGCAACGCCAAGAGCGUCUUCGGGAGCAGGAGAUGGAGAGGCUGGAACGACAGCGCCUGGAGACCAUCCUGAACCUGUGCGCUGAGUACAGCCGGGCUGAUGGGGCGCCUGAGGCCGGGGAGCUGCCCAGCAUCGGGGAGGCCGCUGCAGCACUGGCACUGGCAGGCCGGAGGCCCUCACGAGGCCUUUCAGGGGCCACUGGGGCCUCUGGGCGGAGCAAUGAGGAGCCUGGAGGUGCCACCCCACGCCUGUGGGAGAGUGUCGACCGCUCAGAUGAGGAGAAUCUCAAGGAGGAGUGCAGCAGCACUGAGAGCACCCAGCAGGAGCAUGAAGAUGCACCUGGCACCAAGCUCCAGGGAGAGGUGCUGGCCUUGGAAGAGGAGCGGGCUCAGGUGCUAGGGCGCGUGGAGCAGCUCAAGGUUCGUGUGAAGGAGCUGGAGCAGCAACUGCAGGAGUCAGCCCGAGAGGCUGAAAUGGAACGGGCACUGCUACAAGGGGAGAGGGAGGCAGAGCGGGCCCUGCUGCAGAAGGAACAGAAGGUGGUGGACCAGCUGCAGGAGAAACUGGUGGCCUUGGAGACGGGCAUCCAAAAGGAGAGGGACAAGGAGGCAGAGGCCCUGGAGACCGAGACGAAGCUCUUCGAGGACCUGGAGUUCCAGCAGCUGGAGCAGCAGAGCCGGGUGGAGGAGGAGCGCGAGCUGGCCGGCCAGGGGCUGCUGCUGAGCAAGGCGGAGCUGCUCCGCAGCGUGGCCAAGAGGAAGGAGCGCCUGGCAGUCCUGGACAGUCAGGCUGGGCAGAUCCGGGCUCAGGCUGUGCAGGAGUCGGAGCGCCUGGCCCGGGACAAGAACGCCUCCCUGCAGCUGCUGCAGAAGGAGAAGGAGAAACUAACUGUGUUGGAAAGAAGAUACCACUCGCUCACAGGGGGCAGGCCUUUCCCGAAGACCACAUCAACCCUCAAAGAGAUGGAGAAGCUGCUGCUCCCUGCUGUAGACUUAGAGCAGUGGCACCAGGAGCUGAUGGCCGGGCUGGGGACUGGCCCUGCUGUAGCCUCCCCUCGCCCCUCCCCCCCACCUCUGCCCACCAAAGCUUUUCGCCAGCUGCAGGUCUACCGCUCCAAGAUGGAUGGUGAAGCCACCAGCCCUCUUCCCCGCGCCUGCAGCGGCCCCCUUCCCUCUUCCUCUGGCUCCUCCUCCUCCUCCCAGCUCAGCGUGGCUACCUUGGGCCGUAGCCCCUCCCCAAAGAGUGCUCUGCUCUCCCAGAAUGGCACGGGCAGCCUUCCUCGCAACCUGGCAGCCACGCUGCAGGACAUUGAGACCAAGCGCCAGCGGGCCCUGCAGCAGAAGGGGCAGCAGGUGAUUGAGGAGCAGCGGCGGAGACUGGCUGAACUGAAGCAGAAAGCAGCAGCUGAGGCUCAGUGCCAGUGGGAUGCCCUGCAUGGGGCAUCCCCCUUCCUGGCAGGCCCAUUGGGCUUGCCCCCCCUCAUGCACCACUCCAUCCUGCACCACCUGCCGGCUGGGCGGGAACGUGGGGAGGAGGGUGAGCACGCCUACGACACCCUGAGCCUGGAGAGCUCCGACAGCAUGGAGACCAGCAUCUCCAUGGGAGGCAACUCAGCCUGUUCCCCCGACAACGUGUCCAGUGUAAGUGGCCUGGAAGUGGGGAAGCUCGAGGAGAUGGAGAAGAUGCUGAAGGAAGCUCAUGCGGAGAAGAGCCGGCUCAUGGAGUCGAGGGAGCAGGAGAUGGAGCUGCGGCGCCAGGCCCUGGAGGAGGAGCGGAGGCGGCGGGAGCAGGUGGAACGGAGGCUGCAGAGUGAGAGCACGAGGAGGCAGCAGCUGGUCGAGGAGGAGGUCAAGAUGCGGGAGAGACAGUUUUCCCAGGCGCGACCAUUGACCCGCUACCUGCCGGUCCGGAAGGAGGACUUUGACCUGAAGACCCACAUCGAGUCCUCAGGCCAUGGCGUCGACACCUGCCUGCAUGUGGUGCUCAGCAGCAAGGUCUGCCGUGGCUACUUGGUCAAGAUGGGUGGCAAGAUUAAAUCGUGGAAGAAGCGCUGGUUUGUCUUCGACCGGCUCAAGCGUACCCUUUCCUAUUACGUGGAUAAGCAUGAGACAAAACUGAAGGGGGUGAUCUACUUCCAGGCCAUCGAGGAGGUAUACUAUGACCACCUGCGCAGCGCGGCCAAGAGCCCAAACCCUGCCCUCACCUUCUGUGUGAAGACCCAUGACCGGCUGUACUACAUGGUGGCCCCAUCUGCAGAGGCCAUGCGCAUCUGGAUGGAUGUCAUUGUCACCGGAGCUGAGGGUUACACUCAGUUCAUGAACUGACUGUCGUGAGCCUCCUGGACUCUCAGGCUGGCCCCAGUACCCAUGCCUGGCCACCUGCUGCUCUGCUUGCCUGCGGGAGAGUCGUGCCCGGGCCCCAGGCCCCAUGGUGGCACUUCCAGAGGCCCUGAGAGGGCAGAGCAUGACUGGACUUUGUAAUGUUGUGUAAGGAGCUCAUUCUGGGAGUUUCUGAGUUCAGGCCUCCUAAAGAGCCAGCCAGAAGAUCAAAGGUGGGGCCUGAGCUUUGCAGCCUCUUGGGAGUCCAGACCUCGCAACAGCCCUUCAGGGUUCUGUUCUCCUUUUCCAGGGACAAUUAUGGUACCAGAAUCUGCCAAAGAUCCCCUCUUGCCUCAGCCUCCUUUGCAGGGGCCUUGGGGGCUGAGCAGAGCCACACCCAGAGUGGGGUGACCACUCAGGCAGCGAACUUCUCAAACCCUGCUCUCCCCAUUGCUCUCCCACCUUUAUAUUUUUUAUUACUUUGCUCAAGGGCCAGAGACCUCAAGUUUUAUCCUUGAGGUCUCAGUCAUGUCCCAUUUUUGCAGACCCGUCACCAUAGUAACUGCUUAAUUGCCAUGGUUACAUACUAAUUGCCCCAGCUCUGGGGCUCAGCCUACUGCUUAAGCUGUGGGCCCAGCUGAGGGUAGGUGCCAUCAUCUCUCCAGCCCAGGCCCUUGGGCAUCUCAUGCUGGGGAAAAGGGACUGAACAUCUCCCUCCCCCGGCCGGUGUCUCCAGGCCCUGACACACCGCCUGCUGGCCCCCCGCCAGCCCUCUCCCUUCCACUCGUGCCUUGCUUAGAGCCAGAAGGGAUGAAGCCAGGGUAUCUAGAUCCCAAGGAGGAGCUGUGUGGAUGGUUGAGAAGCUAGAAGGGCCUUCCUUGGGUUCUGUACAGGGCUGAGCUUCUGACGGGACAGAGGGCUGCUCCCUGAGAAAACCUGAGCCACAGAGGAGCACAAAGUAGGGAGGGCCCUGAAGUCCAGCUGCCCUCCAGCCUCUGAAGGGUGAUGGAAAUGAAGAGCAGAGGACAAGGCCUCCAGCAGCCUGGCCGCAGUCCUUCGCGCCUUAACACUAAGCCCACCUCCCUGCCCCUCUCCAGCACUGGGCCUUGGGUGCGGGGUCCAGGCUGGGUGGCUUUCAGUAUUUGUAAGCAUCUCAGCAGAACAAUAAAGCAUUUGGAGUGUGAUUCUGGAA